UUGUAAUCGCUCUGUUCCACGCCCCUGCCCUCUACCUAAGCAUUGGGAUAUGUAGGAAAUAUCCGUGGAGAGAUGGGCUGAAACUCCUUUCGGUUCAUCCUAAAAGAUCUCUCAAGCGACCUAUAGGAUUUCCGAAAGAACAUAAAUAUCAUACAGUGGAAUGAGCAGGCUGAGGUGGGGAGAUGCCUUACGUGGAUCGGCAGAACCGGAUCUGUGGCUUCCUGGACAUUGAGGAGAAUGAGAACAGUGGCAAGUUCCUCAGACGCUACUUCAUCCUGGACACCAAGGAGGGUAGCCUGGUGUGGUACAUGGACAACCCACAGAACCUGCCCAAAGGAGCUGAAAAUGUUGGCUCCCUCAAACUCACCUACAUCUCCAAGGUGAGUGAUGCCACAAAGCUGCGACCAAAGGCGGAGUUCUGCUUCGUCAUCAAUGCUGGUAUGAGGAAGUUCUACCUCCAGGCCAAUGAUCAGCAGGAUCUGGUAGAGUGGGUCAACGUGCUCAACAACGCCACCAAGAUCACAGUGCCAAAGUCGGGGGAUGGCCAGCCCAGUGCAGAGAUGACCCAGGAGGGGCUGGGUGCCACAAAGCAGAUCUCCUAUAAGACAGAGAUCAUAGGUGGAGUACCCAUCAUCACUGCCACACAGGAGCAGGGCGACGGGGGGCAGAACGGAGCAGAUCGGGGGGGCCAACGGAAGGCCCACAGCCAGCUGCCCUACUUCCUGGGGCGAGGGGCGCAGGACCAGGCGCUCAUCAAGGCUGGAUACUGUGUGAAGCAGGGAGCCGUGAUGAAGAACUGGAAGAGGAGAUACUUCUUACUGGAGGAGAACGCAGUCAGCUACUUUAAGUCAGACCUGGAGAGGGAGCCUCUGCGUGUGAUCCCGCUGAAAGAGGUUCACAAAGUUCAGGAGUGCAAACAGAGUGACUUAAUGCAGAGGGACAAUCUAUUUGAAGUCGUCACAAGCUCAAGGACCUUCUACAUGCAGUCGGACAGUCCAGAGGAGAUGCACAGCUGGAUCAAGGCCAUCUCAGGAGCCAUUGUGGCCCAGCGGGGGCCUGGACGCUCAGCUGCCUCUGAGCACAGCGACCACUCUACCACCAGCAUCCCUUCCAGCUUCUACUGCAGCAGCAACCACGGGGGACCCCCCGCCCCUCGCUCGCCAGUCCAGGCAGAGCCACCCUACCCACAGCCCCAGGGGGGCCCGGGCCCUUACCUGGGACAGCCAGGACUUCAUGGGCCUGCUGCCCUGGCGAGGCCACCCGGGGGCACCACCCCGCUCCCGCCUCUCCCUCCAGGAGACCCCCCGCCUGUCCAAGUGAGCGCCUCGUCCCUGUACCACACCAACGCCGACCGGGAGGACCUGUCGCCAUGGAGACGGCGCAGCGAAGUAGAGGGCGACCAACCGGAAAUCUCCACCCUCAGCUUCGAGGACUCAGACCUGCAUGUCAGCCAGGUGUGAGCCUCUAGUCUAACCCCUGACCUUUGACCCCUAACCCCUGCCUCAUAGGACACCGCAAGCUCUCACCCAUAACCCCACUCCCCUAUUCCCUCCACCACCUGACCUUCACUCCCCAUGCACAUAACCUGCUCAUUGGAUGUGGAUGCAGGUGGAUUCACACUGACACAAAGCGGACUGGACAGUUAUCACCAACGACAAACGGAAAGCCAAUCAGAAGUUACCAAAAAAUGGAGCUGAACCAAUCAGAGCCGACCUGGCCCUCAGGAAGACAGGAAGUGGUCCCUGGUUGUGAUUGGUGAUCGUCUACUCUACCCCUGUAUCGAGAGCUUCUCUUAACACAGCCAAUGGCGUGAUGUGUCAGGGCAAGGAGACCUCGUCAGGUGUUUGGUUUUAGUUCAGUCUCUUUUGUUGUUGAUAUUUCUGUUGGGUGUUGCUCUUUCUCUUUCGUUGUUGAUAUUUCUGUUGGGUGUUGCUCUUUCUCUCUUGGUGUUGGCAUUGUGUGGUAUGAUUCAAUAACAUCAUCCCCUGUCCAUUGGCUAAAGAGGUUACUGAUUUGGCUUAUUCUGCUGAGAAACUCACUGCUCACGUUUCUCCACCUUCUCCUCCUUCUCCCUGACGUCACGUGAUUUACUGUUAUCAGGGUUGUUGGGCCUAAUUUAAAGAGGUGCUAGAUGUUAUUUUUAUUGACAGUUAUGUAAACUAAAAAUGUGUAACUGUCGACAAUGAGACAACCCCACUCAUACACACAAUGGGUUAGAUUUGUAUGUACUUUUAAGAUGUUAAAUAUAUUUGAUUUUAAGCAGACCAUUUAGUUUUUAUCCAAAGCAUGCCGUUAUGGAAGCACCUGAUGAAAUAUGAAACCAGAAUCUUAAAAAUAACCUGUCGAAAUUCCGUGCGCCAUUCUUGCUUUCAGGUGUUUUUUGGAGUGAGUGAGUCUUGUGUAUAUUUAUGUUUUUAGUAAUCCUUUAGAAAUGCUUUGAGUCCUUAUGUUCUAAUGAAAGUUACACCUGUUGUGUUCGUUCAGACUCUCGCUUUCUCUCUCAAUCAGUCACACACACACACACACACACACACUGUCACACCUAUGUGUUUUGCCAAAUGUAAGUCCUGCACUGUAAUGUUAUGGGCCUGUCAACGUGAGCAUGCAUUUGUAUAGUGACUUCUCCCUCAGGAGGACAGAUAUGCACAGUUACAGUACAUCUAUAGGCCUGUGGGUAGGGCCUUUUAACUGGCACUUUGUGGAUACAAUUUGGGCAGAUAAUCUGCCCGCUACACUUGAUCUGUUUUAUGGGUGUUUCUUCGACAUCCUCUUCUCUUUUCUACUGUAUGAGUACUGUACUACUUUUCUCAAUGCUGUGACGGUUUGUUUGUGUGUCUGUGGGGGAGACAUAGGGUACCUGCGUUGCCAAUAUGGUGGAAGACGGGAGGAGGGUUUGACCUUUGGCCUCAGCUGUGUGCUCUUCCUGUUUUUACUGUGUUGCACAACUCUUACUGUAACAGCUGCUAAAGUGCCUGCGUUCUUUCUAUAGAGGAAAAAAAAAACAAGAAGCUAUUUUGACCCUUUUAAUUGUGUACCUGAUGUUCUUAAAUCGUGUGCAUUAUUUAUUAAGUGGAGUUUGAAAAUAAAUCAAUGGAUUCAA